AUGCCAAUUGUGCCAGUAAAGCUGAUUGCGAACGAAAGAGAAGUUACCACGUACGCUAUGUUGGAUAGCUGUAGUACUGGAACAUUCAUACUUGAAGAUGUACGUCGCGAGCUUCAAAUCGAAGGGACAGACACGAAUGUGCUGGUAAACACCAUGAAUGGUUCACAAGUUCAUCAACCUAAGGUCGUAACAGGCUUGACUGUAACGGAUAUAGACGGAAAUAAUCGAGGGACUCUUCCAAGGACAUUUUCACAGGACACUAUUCCAGCUUCUAAAGAUGAGAUACCAACUGAAGAAUUGGUUGCUAAAUGGAAACACCUUUCUAAGAUCGAGCUAUCCUCAUACCUUCCCGAAGUCAAAAUUGGAAUCCUCAUUGGCUCUAACUCUCCCAAAGCAAUUGAACCAAAGGAUUUUAUUGUGAGUGAAGAUGGCGGGCCCUUUGCAGUGAAGACGUUUGCAGGAUGGACCGUGGUCGGAUCCCGGCCUCGUUCAGAUGUUCAAACUAAUGUUAGCUGCAAUAGAACUCUCGUCGAAGAAAUUGUGCCUGAAAAACCAAUUUAA